AUGGAGCUGGUUAGUGCGAAAAAUUAUUAUACCCUAUCCCACAUUCAGUCUAUACUAUACACCACACUCAGUCUAUACUAUACACCACACUCAGUCUAUACUAUACACCACACUCAGUCUAUACUAUACACCACACUCAGUCUAUACUAUACACCACACUCAGUCUAUACUAUACACCACACUCAGUCUAUACUAUAUACCCUGGUCUAUUCAUCUAACGCGCCUAGGCCCAACGGCGAAAAGUAUGAAUUAUAA